AUGGUUAGUACAACCAACAGGAUGAUUAGUACAACUACUAGCAUUGCAACAAGCAUGGUGCCAGGUAAUACUAUUGCUUUUCAACGUUUAGUUAAUAUUAUUUAUAUCGAUUAUGAUCGAAAUGUUACCUGCAAUCCGAAUUGCCUUAAUGGCGGAACAUGUGUAGCUAUGAAUACAUGUCAGUGCGUUACAAAUGUAUGGAUAGGACCCUAUUGUCAAACACCGAUGCGCAUCCUGUGGGCAUUCGACAACAAUCUUAAUGAUUUGUAUAACAAGUUUCAAGGUGUUGGUUCCAACAGGCCGACCUACCGCUCUCCAGGUAUUACAGGCUAUGGCACUUGUCUCUACUUGAAUGCCACAUCCUCACAAUCCGUAACGAUUUUUACACCACCAUUUAUCAACAUGGCUUUAACAUCAUUUUCUCUGUUCGCUUGGGUUAAAGCUACAUCAUUUCAUAAUACUGCGAUCGGCUCCUAUUCUGACAAUGCCAUAUUUGGCCAAUGUCAGCAGACUGUUCAAGAUGAAUGUCUUCACCUUAUCGUACGUAAUCAAUAUAUCUAUUUUGGUUUCUUUGCCGAUGAUAUUUCAAGCGUUACUCUUCUUUCUACAAACACUUGGUAUCAUAUUGGCUAUGUCUACGAUUAUAGCGCAAGAACUCAGUAUAUCUAUGUUAAUGGAGUACUUGACGUGUCUGGCAGCCCUAAAGGACCCUAUCAAGGUAGCAUGGGAAAUCUGACGAUUGGAACCAAUGUUCUUAAUUUUCCGAAUAAUUAUUGGGAUGGCUGUAUUGAUCAAGUGUCCUAUGCUGCAUUAGCCAAAAAUGCCACGGAAGUACUCUAUGAGGCCACUCUUACAUUUUCAUAUUCUUUUGAAAACAACCUUAUCGACAGUGGAACAUUGGGUAUCAAUGGAACAGGGAUUACUAUUGGUUAUAGCACAUCAGGACGAGUGAAUAAUUGCCUAUCUCUACUUAGCAAUCUAUCUUAUGUUCAAGCAACAAAUCUCGUACUUCUCGGUACCGUUGGCCAACCAUAUUCUUUUUCCAUCUGGAUCAAGCCAAAUACAGUAGCUGGUGGAACGAUCUUUCAUGUGUCAUCAGGAACAGCUGGUCUCGGUGGUUGGUGCAUUCCCAUGUUAGGAUUUACCAGUUCAGGUAAAGUUGGUGUCCAGAGCUUGGGAUCCAGCUCUGUGUCAAUCACUGGCCCUGUAACUACAACCAAUGUGUGGACGCAUCUGGCAGUGACUUAUGGACCCUCGGGUGGACUUCGACUGUAUGUUAACGGAGCUCAAUAUGGAUCAGCUUCAGGCAACUAUACCUAUCAAGCCGCUGGUACUCCUGUUUCACUCUUAUUAGGUUCAUCUCUCAGUGGCUUAGGCUCAUGUGCAUCAAGUGUAAUUACAAUGGGUCAGUACAAUGGCUAUAUCGACGAAUUCGAAUUAUAUUCGAGAGAACUCUCUUCGGCUAAUGUUUACAGUCUUGCAAAUCCAUAA